UGAUGAUGAUGACUUUAUUUAAUCCAUUAGGAAAUUAUUUUUGCUUCAUACAUCAUGUCAUCUUAAAUAGAAAGACGUAGACAGACAUGAAACACGUCACACACAUUAAAUACAUAUAGACUUACAGACAGACAGUAAUCACAUAGACAACCAUAUAGCACAAUACAACUCAACACAAUAUGAGCCUGGUUAAUUUUCAGUAAUGAGGCCCUGUACCCCAUUUACAGUUUAUACUUCAAUGUAUCAGUUGUAGUUAUUCACCAGAUAUAGAGUGAGUUGUUGUUUAUGUUUCUAAGACUGCAGGGUGGGAGAUGCAACAAUGGCCUUGAGAACAGCAGGAAGUGUGUUGGUGGUCUUUCUCUGGUCUGUAGCAGUGGUACUGGGUCAGAAUGGCUGGAGUGUGAGCUACACCAAGAAUAAUAUCUGUACCUUGAAGGGGUCAACAGUGGAGCUGUCCUGCUCCUACACAUAUCCCAGAGGUUAUACAGUCACGACAACCAAAUGGUAUAAAUGGAAGAAUUCGAUCUGGACUGAAAUCCAAGAUAAAUAUGAGGAUCGUAUAGAGUACCGUGGGAACAAGGAGAAUGACUGCACCCUGAGAAUCACAGACCUGAGAGAGGAGGAUUCAACAUCAUAUUACUUCUUAUUAUGGACAUAUGGCUCAUAUGUUACUCUCUCUGUCACAGAUCUAAAGGUGACUGUGGGAAUGUGGACAAGAUGGGAGUAUUGGAAGACACUGACCUGCAGCACCACCUGUACUCUGACUGGUAACCCCACCUACAUCUGGUACAAGAACGGACAACAUCUAGAUGAGAGCACCUCCCCCCAGUACAAAGACCCAGUCUCCAGUAACAAUGAAGACAGCUACUCCUGUGCUGUAAAAGGCCAUGAGGAUCUCCGGUCUCCUGCAGUCUGUGUCCAGGGUCAGGACUGCAAAAGAGUGACUUACACCAAGAGGAGAAUCUGUGUCUUGAAGGGGUCAUCAGUGGACAUAUCAUGUACUUAUGGCAGUGGUUAUGAUAACGUCACAUCAUCACUCUGGUUUAGUCCUAAACAGAGUGCUAGGUGGAGUGGUAAGUUGAUCCCUGAGGACAUAACCACAGACCCAGGGUAUGCAGGUCGUGUGGAGUAUGGUGGAGAGAAGGAGAGAGGUCACUCCACCCUGAGAAUCACAGAUCUGAGAGAAGAGGACUCAGCUGAGUACAAGUUCAUAUUCAACACACAUACAUCAAGAUGGGGAUACAGCUUCACUGGAACAACUCUGACUGUCACAGACCUGCAGGUGAAGGUGACUGCUGCCACAGAGGCAGGAAGGAGGACCCUGACCUGUAUCACCACCUGUACUCUGAGUGACAACCCCAACCCCACCUUCAUCUGGUACAAGAACGGACACUAUGUAAAGGAGGACUCAUCCAGCUUGUACUCAGACAACUUUAGUGAUGAAGACAGUUACUCCUGUGCUGUAAAAGGCCAUGAGGAUCUCCACUCUCCUGCACUGUGUAAGGAGUGUUGGGGUGUGACUUACACCCAUCAGAGGAUCUGUGCCUUGAAGAGGACAACAGUGGACAUAUCCUGCUCUUACACAUAUCCCAGAUAUCAUGAGAUCAAAAAAGCUUUCUGGUUUACUAAAUGGUCUGGUAUGGAUGCUGAAGAUCUGAGCUCAGUGCCAGGGUAUGAGGGUCAUAUAGAGUACCUUGGGGAUAAGAAGAGUGACUGUACCCUGAGAAUCACAGACCUGAGAUUGAGUGACUCUGCUGAGUACAGGUUCGGAUUCAUAACAUCCGGAGGAAAGUUUGCUGGCUCACCUGUCUCCCUGACUGUCACAGAUGUUGUGUUGGAGAUGGAUCCUACAUCUGUGUCAGAGAGGGAGAAUGUCACACUGACAUGUAGAACCAAAUGUACACUGGACCCCAUCACAGCCUACAGUUGGUAUAAGAAUGGACAGCCUAUACCAAACAGCAACACCUCCUCUCCUGUCUAUAGCCUAUUCCCAGUCAGCAGUGAGGAUGCAGGAAGAUACUCCUGUGCUGUGGAAGGCCAUGAGGAUCUCCCCUCUCCUGAAGACACUCUCAAUGUUAGAUAUGGACCAAGGAACACCUCAGUGUCAGUCAGUCCCUCUGGUGAAAUAGUGGAGGGCAGUUCAGUGACUCUGACCUGCAGCAGUGAUGCCAACCCACCUGUGGACAAAUACAUCUGGUACAAGAAGAACGUAACCUCACCAAAAGCAUCAGGACAGACUUACAACAUCCUCAACUUCAGCUAUGAGGACAGAGGAGAAUACUACUGUGAGGCCCAGAAUGGAAGAGGAUCUAUGAACUCUGCAGCUCAGAUGAUCACUGUAGCAGGGAAACAAACCUCAGUUAUGACUCCAGCUGUAGGAAUCACAGUGAUUGUUCUGGUUCUCAUACUGGCUUCAUGUCUCUUUGGCUUCAUGUGGUUAAGGAAGAAAGCAUUCAAAACCACCUCUGACACAAGACACACAGCAGACAUGGGACAGGGAGAAUCUAGUCCAGUGUAUGACGAUGUCUCAGGCAUGGCCAUGACCCCUACUGCAACACAGACAGCAGCCAACGUAGACCAGGAUGUUGUUCACUACACCAGCGUCCACUUCUCUCACUCCAAAAACCAGGAAGUGCCUCUGUACUCCCCUGUCCAACUGCCUCAACCCCAGAAACAGGACGAGGAUGUCCUGUACACUGCUGUGAAAUUCACCAAGUCUGCGGUGGCACAAGCAGCUGAGGAGAACCCCUCUGUUCUCUACAGUACAGUCAAGAAACCCAGAACCAGGAAGACCUGAACACAACAAACCCAGAACCAGGAAGACCUGAACACAACAAACCAAGA